UUUUUCUUUUCUUUUUUUUUUUCUUAGAUUAUCUUCGGUCUAACGGACUCGGGAUUAUUCAUAAGAAUUCAGCAUUCUCAGUAAACAGCAAAGGAACCACUACCUCUUGGUACUACUGAGAUAAGGCAGAGAACCACAACAAGCGGCACGAUGGAAUCGCUGUCUGUAUAUCAUGGGGCCAUCAGCCGAGAGACGUGCGAGAGGCGCCUGGGUCAGGCGGGCAAGGAUGGCAGCUACUUAAUCCGAGACAGCGAAACCGUCCCUGGUGCUUACUGCCUCUGUGUCCUGUGUGAUGGCAGUGUCUACACUUACCGCUUACAGCAAAACAAUGCAGGCUCCUGGGCAGCAGAGACAGCACCUGGGCAACAGAAACGCUUGUUUCGUAAAGUGAAGAAUUUGAUAAGCGCUUUUGAGAAACCAGACCAAGGCAUUGCUAUUCCCCUACUCUACCCUGUGACUGUUCAGAAUCAUUAUAACAGCACGAACACAUAGAAGAAGAAACUGAAACAUAUUGACACUCGUUAUGAUUUUUCUUUUCUUAUUCUUAUUCUUAUUGAAUAUGGAUUCUUGACUUUUUUUUUCUUUCUUCUUUUUUCCUGGUGUACUCUUGAUUCUAACAGGCUUUAAAAUCCAUACACGGAAUUUUCUUAAUGUUUUUUAUUUUAUUAUUAUUAUUUUUUUUAAUGUAUUUUACAUUUGUCUAAAAAACAAACAAACAGAAGAGUAAAUAAUUUGUGAUUGUGGAAUAGGUCGUGAUGUUAUUAAUGUGUUCCUUCGAGCUGGGUACUAUAGUAAGCGAAACCUAAAAAUUGUGCAUAUGAAUGCGAUAAGAAAUGGAAAAUAAAUACAAAUAAAUCAA